AUGUCCCGCGCCACUGCCACCCAAGAUUCGCUCGCAUCGGCCAUCGAGUCGCUGCUCGCCUCUCUACCCGCCUCGCUCGACUCGCUGGCACCGAUCGAGCCCACGCCCCAGCUGCCCACCACCGAAGCCGAGGUAGCGGCCCUCAUCGACCACACGCUGCUUGCACCCAAUGCCACACUCGAGCAGAUCGCUGCCGUCUGCGACGAAGCCAAGCAGUACCGCACUGCCACCGUCUGCGUCAACUCGUCCAUGAUCCCCUACGUCUCGCAACACCUCGCCGGCACCUCGGUGAAGCCUAUCUCGGUGGUCGGCUUCCCCUUUGGCUCGUCCAACACACCCUCCAAGGUGCUCGAGGCCCGCUUGGCCUGCGAGCAGGGCGCGCGCGAGAUCGACAUGGUCAACAACAUCGGUCUUCUCCGAUCGCAGGAAUACCUCCAAGUCUACACAGACAUCCACGCCGUUGCAGAGGAAUGCCGCUCACACAACGCCAGGCUCAAGGUGAUUUUGGAGACGGGGAUGCUGUCCAAACCCGAGAUUGCAGCUGCGAGCUAUCUGGCUUGUUUGGCGGGGGCAGAAUUUGUCAAGACCAGCACGGGGUACGGUGGGCCCGGCGCGACCAAGGAGGAUGUGCGACUGAUGUACGAGGUGGCUAAGCGCAAGGAUCUCGGUUGGAAUGGCGAUGACAAGGAGGUCAAGGCAAGCGGUGGGAUUCGAAGUCUGGAGACGGUGCAUGUUAUGGUCAAGAAUGGAGCGACCCGGGUCGGUGCCAGUGGUACCAAGGCCAUCGUCGAGCAGAUCAGGAGCGGUGCGGCUGCUGCGCCUGCUGCUGCUGGCUCGAACUACUAG